AUGACAAACUUAACUCAUUCCGAUGGCCAUGGAGCUGGCUACGGUAAUGUAACUUUGCUCAUGGACCCCCACCUAUGCACACUUGAUACUUGUGAUCUUUCGUUGUCAAGUUUUGAGUACCUGCCCAAUGUUGCUGGAAAUACCAUCUACGCCGUUUUGUUUGGGAUCUUUUUUAUUGCACAAUUGGGACUGGGGAUCAAGUUUAAAACAUGGGGAUACAUGGUUGCUAUGAUGUUUGGAUUGAUUUUAGAAAUCAUCGGUUACAUAGCCAGGAUUCUUAUUCAUAAUUCUCCUUUCGAUAACAACUACUUCCUAAUGUACCUCAUCUGUCUAACCAUCGCCCCUGCGUUCCUCACUGCGGCAAUCUACCUAUGUCUAUCUCGAAUCGUCAUCUUAUAUGGCCAAGAAAUCUCUCGCUUCAGACCAGGAACAUAUACCAUCAUCUUCUGCACCUGCGAUAUCAUCUCAUUAGUGCUUCAAGCCGUUGGUGGGGCCAUCGCUUCACUUGCCAAUACACUUAGUCAGAGUAACUUGGGAAAAAACAUCAUGUUAGCAGGUCUCGCCUUCCAAGUAUUUUCUCUCAUCCUCUUUACCAUUCUCUGCGCAGAUUUCACAUGGAGAGUUCACCGCGCAGAAGGUACCUGGAAUACUCGCUACAUCCAUCUCGUCUCUUCCUCACUCUUUAAAUCAUUCCUCGCCGGACUUUGCUUGGCGACUAUCACAAUCCUCAUCCGUUCCAUCUAUAGAUGUAUAGAACUAUCUGGCGGUUUCCAUGGUUCUCUUUUUGUGAGCCAUGAAGCGGAAUUUAUGGUCCUGGAAGGUGUUAUGAUUGUGUUAGCGACGGGAGCACUUACUUUAUUGCAUCCGGGAAUCGCUAUGAAAGGAGCUUGGAUGGAGGCAAAUUUUAAAUUUAGAAGUAAGAACCAAGGCGUGGGGCAUUUGAAGAGGGAGAGUGCCGGAAGCGAUGUUGAGAUGGGGAGUGGGAAGAUGUUUAUGAGGAAGUGA